AUCUGAAACGACAAUACUUCGAUAUUGAAUGCCAAUGUUUUUAUAUCUCUUGUGGUCUUGUUGUCUCAUUGUUCCCUUAUCGGAGUCCAUUUGUGAAUGAUUUGCGGCAGUGUUAAUCUUAUUGUUCUGCUUAGUGCCUACAGUGCCUCGUAUUACAUUUUGUCAUGAAGCAAGUUCGUCAACUACUUUUAAUCUCGUCUUCUAAAGUCCAUGGACAUGAAUUUCUGCAUCAUGCAAGAAAAGACAUAGACAACUUUUGUACCAAAAAUAACAUCUUGCGAAUUCUGUUCGUACCAUAUGCGGCACGAGAUCACGAUGCAUACACUGAUAAAGUGGGGACGGCACUCAAAGGAUUCGGAUAUGAAACGAGUGGCAUUCACACAUACGAGAAUAAGAUCGAAGCAAUAACGAAUGCCCAGUGCGUUUUCGUUGGUGGCGGAAAUACCUUCUUGUUGCUGAAAACCCUUUACGAACUGAAUUUGGUCAACUUAAUACGGGAACGAGUUUUGAACGGAGAUUUGCAUUACAUGGGCUCUAGUGCAGGAACGAAUGUAGCCACAAAAUCCAUUAAAACAACCAACGAUAUGCCAAUCGUUUAUCCGCCCUCAUUCGAUGCUAUCGGACUGGUGCCAUUUAACAUAAAUCCUCACUACUUGGACGCGGAUCCGAGCAAUACUCAUCAAGGGGAGACCAGAGAGACGAGACUAAAGGAAUUUCACGAGUGUAAUGACACUCCGGUAUUAGGUUUACGAGAAGGCACCGCUUUAUUGGUUGAUGGAGAGAAGGCCGUUCUGCUGGGAGAAUUUAAUGGCAGACUUUUCCGAAAGGGUGAAGAAGGUCAAGAAAUUAAGCCGAACACCGAUUUGAGUUUUCUGCUACAAUGGAGAGAUUAAACCGUCACAUUUGAUUGAUUUGAAACAAUUUGAAUAAAUUGUAUUGCUAGCUUUAUCUAUUGAAAA